CCUAUAUCUCAAUAUUGGUGUCCAGAGUUAUAGAAAUUUGGUUACAAAAUUUUGAAGUCUUAAGCAAUUGGAAAUUGUAAAAUAUAUUAAUUUAAAUUGAUAAAAAUAAUUUUAAUUUUAUAUGAAAAUGAAGCUGACUGCCGCAAAAAGUCGACUUAUUAUUUCUACAUUAGGAAUUGUUGGAUUGUUCGUGCUUACAGGAGGUUCCAUGCUUCUAGGAUUUUUUGAAGAUAUUAUCCAAUUUUUUCUGAAGCGAGAGCUUGUUUUGAGACCUGGCAGUGAAUUUUACGAUAUUUGGAAAGAGCUCCCGAUUCCGAUUUACCAAAGAAUUUUUAUCUUCAAUAUCACGAAUCCUGAUGAAUUUUCUAACGGAGCUAAACCAAAAAUUCAAGAAAUAGGACCCUUUGUUUUCAGAGGUCGAUGGCUGAAGGAAGGAAUGCAUUGGAAUGAGACAGACGGAACAGUAACCUACAAAGAUAUCAAAGAGUAUACUUUCGUCAGAGAGCUCUCAGUCGGGGAUCAAGAACAGAAAAUUUACACCCUAAAUGGUCCCUUGCUGGCUGUCAUCAAUUACGUCGAAGAUUACGCUCCAUUUUUCAUACGUUCAUUAGUCGCCGAUAUCAUGAAUGGCAUCUUUGAAAGCUACAAUGAGACGCUUCUUGUGCAGAAAACAAUCCGGGAAAUUAUCUACGAAGGAUACUACGAACCAAUGGUUGCUGACUUAACAAAAGUUGUUGAACCUUUCAUAAAUUUGCCACUCAAGCUUGUCAAUGAUACUUUUGGAAUUUUACACGAAAGAAAGCAUAUCGGAGAUGGAGUAUUCACUAUAAAAUCAGGUGCCCGUGGAAUUGAAGAUUAUGCCGCAAUUCAGAUGUGGAAUAAUCAGACGUCUGUCAAUUGGUGGAAUGAUAAAUAUUGUGAUCAAAUAAAUGGAACGGAUGGUGUUCAGUAUGCUCCUGGUGUCCUAAGGAAUCAAACAUUGAGCAUAUUUAACCCUAAUUUAUGCAGAUCAAUGCCAAUAAAAUACGUAAAAGAUGUAACAGUCCAUGGAAUAAAAACUCUUCGAUUCGGAAUGCCAGAAAAUAUUUUGUCAAAUGCUGCUACCAAUCCUGGGAACAAAUGUUACUGCCAUAGUUCACAUUGUCUCUCAGGCAUUUUGCCAUUGAACUGUAAACCAGGUGCUCCUUAUGUGAUUUCGUUUCCUCAUUUUUUGAACGGAGAUUCAAAACUUCAAGCAGCAGUUGACGGUGUUAACGCUUCACUUGAUAAACAUAAAACAUAUGUUGAUAUCGAACCAAAUACUGGCUUUGUUUUAAAUGCAGCAUUCAGGAUACAGUUAAAUGGUGUGACAAGAAGGAUAGAAGAGUAUAAAGCCCUACAAAAAGUAACAGACAGUAUAGUUCCUGUGUUGUGGAUGAGUGAAGAAGCUCAGUUAGAUGUUUAUUUUGCAAAUUAUUUCAAAUCAAGGGUGGAAACUCCAAUUAUAGUCUUCAAAGCACUGACCAUAGCAGCAGUAACUAUUGGAGCAUUUUGGGCAUUGUCUUCCGUUGUGUUCCUGUUGUGUAUAGAGGCUAAAGUGAAACCAGACAAGUUGAAACAUUCAUUGGUUUUGAAAACACUAAAUUCUGUGUAUACAAGUGUUGCUCUUUGGCCUCCUGUUGAAGACGAAAUAAAAGAAGCGAAUAUUACUGAGAAAACUCACUUAUGAAGUUGUUUUUCAAAGAAAUACCAUUUGUGAUUCCACAUGAACUUAAGUGCUGAGCGCUUUUUAGACUUUUAUAUAUCAUAAUUUAUAUCAUCAUAAUCACUUCUACGUAUCAAGACUACAUCUCCAUUAACCUCAUUGACGAGCAUAUGGGUGAAUCCUUAAAAUCUAAGAAAGAUUUUGUUCAAAAAUUUAUCUAGUCCUUUCAUUGCUGGAUGGAAACUAGGUAACUAUGUAUGGUUAUGUAUGGAGCAGCUCAGAAGUGACACUGAAGAAAUUGCUUGUUUCUUACGUUCUGAUAUCAAGAAAAUUUGAAAACCAUAUUUUCAUCCUCAGCGAGUUCAUUGAUAAUUGUUUGUAAAAAUCAUCAUCAUUUUAAUUAAGGAAUCAAACGUAAGAGGAGCCUUAAUAACUAAUUGUGAUAUAAAGGCUAACUGGAUAUUUUGUAUAUGAACUAUAUUUUCAUACAAGUACUAUACAUUUUUAUGUCUCGGAAUACCUACAUAGUCAAAUGAAAUAUAUUUGUAUAUUUACCGCAUUCAACGCUGGAAUUUGUGUAUAUGUUUCGCUAAAACUUAUCUCUUUCAAACCAUUAAAACAUAAUUAAAAAAUAUAAAUUAUUUUAAAAUUAAAUUUUUAAACUAAAAUGCUAGUAGUAACAAAACAAUUAAGAUUUCUGGAAAUUGUAGAAACAACAGUACUACUAAUUGGACUCAAUUAAGGACUGCAAAUACAUAUGAGUUAUUUGCUAAAAACAUCCGAAAAAGAACAAAUCUUAUUACAGAAUUCUAAUCUAAAAUUUUACUUAUAUUUUCACUUUUUCUGUAGAAGACUUAAAUCACGUGUUUAGGAGAUAAUCUCAAUAUUUCAAUGGAAAAAAUCUUCAAACUAUUCUAAUUGAUCUUGAAUCAUUGUUGCUUUUUUUAAAGCGACCUCAUGCAUAGUGUUAUCACUCGCUACUUCAAAUUGAUUUUCACUCCAUUAACUUCAAGAAAAAAAAACUAACAGUGAUAAAUCAGCACAGCUAAAAAUGCUGUUUAAAAUCUAUUUUAAUAAUAAUAAUAAUAAUAAUAAUAAUAAUAAUAAUAUUUAGCAUUUUAGUUUUGUUAUUUAUUUUCUUCAAAAUUUAUUCGGACGAUUAUUUUACUCAAUUUUUAUUUCUUGACUUUUAUUUCUUUUGAGUACAGUUAAGUACAUAGACAUGAAUCAUUCGCGCUCUCUCUCUAAGGUGAAUUUUUUCACAAAUUAAAACUUUCUUUUUACGCAUUUGCAUUCCCUACCUCACUGUACAUCCGCAUAUUUAUUGCCAAUAUGAAAAGAACUGAUUUACUGUAUGUUUUCAAAAUGUUUUUGUGUGGGUAUUUUCUGGUAGCAGAAUGUGCCAGCUGCUGUGUGAUUUAUUUUCAUUCCUUGGAAACCUGCAACUUUGAAUGAAGAUGUCAUCAUUUAAGUUCCAGUAUUUAUUUUGUCAUCUCAACGAUAAGUGUUCCUUUAUUUAUGAAAUUGUGAAAUGUUUUUUCUUUUUUUUGUACAAAUUAAUGUAAGUGAAUGUUACUAGUAAAAUAAAUUGUG